GCAAUAUCAAGCACUUUUGAGCUGUUUUAUCACAUCGGUAAGUGUUAUCGAUACAGUAAACCUAAGCUAACGAGCAAUAGAAUCGAUUCUGUUUUGAAGACAGAAACCUCGACUCUCCUUCGUGUAAUGAGCUUUGCACUGAGAAGCGCUUGACUACAGAACCCAAAAGCAUAGCGUAAUCAAAUUGCGUAGUAGGCGCAGGCAUGAGCACUCGACUCACGCAGUGUGAUUCUAUCGCGGACGAAGCUGGCAGUAGCAGACGACUUUCAUGGUAAAAUCAACAUGUAUAAAGUGCACCAGGGGCCAAGCAAGUUCAACGUACACAACAGAAGAGUUCUGACGCAACAGCUCGAUCAAGAUUCAUCACGCGACGGUAGACCAGAAUUUGCUGGUGGUGUGAACGGCAUGAGUUUGCAUUCCUCCCCCAAGCCAGUCUUUCACAGUCCUAGCUCAGCUGCCAAGUGGCAAAGUAACAACCAAAGGUCAACUGUUGAGCUUGAAGUACCUGCAGACAAAUUCCCUCCCGAACACCUGGAGAAAGUCAGAAUGCUCAGUGAAGCAUGGAACAGAGCAAAGGCUGAAAUCCAAGAGGGGAAACAGCAGAGAAGAGCUGAUUCAACGUCACCAAUCACGGUGGAAUAUCUAGACAAGAGGGAACACCCAUUAUUUCAAAAUUUUGAGCCCAUGGAUUUGGAGAAGGAACAGCUGGCCUACAUGAUGCACAAAAAGGAUACCACGUAACAUAGGCCUUUGCACAUGUUCCAUGUAAAGUCUAUCUUUUAAAAAACCCUAUUGAAAAGUGUGUGUUCUUGAUCUUUUGGGAAAUUGAUUGAUUGUGCAUGUUGGUGAAACCCAGAGAAGUCUUUAUAGAACUGACGUGAUUGACAUUGUAAAUGCAUGAAUGAUAUUCUGAAAAUAACAUCCAGCCAAUUUUUGGUUCUGGGUUGGUUUAAUGGUUUGAAAUAUUGUCUGCCAGUGAUACAUUUCAACUCGACUACCAUUUCCAAUGUUUGUAGCAUUGAUCACAAGGUGACAUGUAAGCAGAGGUGUAAGCCAAGAUUUUUUGGGGGGAGGGGUACUUAGGGGCCUCAUUUUCCAGAGGGGGGGGCACUCAGUGGGCUCGUUUAGAGUUAAAACACUGACCGUCAGCAGAUUGUUUCCUCCUCUAAUUUCUGUGUGGUGGUGGUGGUGGUGGGGGUAUACAUGGGGGUACAGGUCUUCAGCGGAGGGUGUGUGUGCCCCCCUUAGUUACAUGUACAUGUAAGCCAGUAACUAAGUUACAUGCCUGUAACAGUUUCUAAAUAUCUAAGAAUAAAUGUAUUGGUGAAUACAGAGACCACCAAAUAGGGUGGAUAACAAAGCCAGCAAUGGAGUGCAAACAGUAUUUUAGAGGCCACAGUCACAGUGGAUUCACAUUCCUCUUUGCCACUUUCUGUGACUUCAUCCAGAUUAAAGUUUACUUUCCAAGAGAGCUGAAAUGGCUCAUUUAAAUUUUUCUUUGGAAAGAAAACUCAAUUUUUCCACGAUACGUAGUUAUGACCGUUUACAGGUUUCAAUCAAAGUGGUGACUGAAAUUAUGACAGUGGCCAAUUGGAUUUCACAAAAUAAAAAGCAGAACUGUUGAAGAGUCUAUUACAGAUCAACCACUGGACUGGACAGAAGUGAGGGAUUUUAUCUGAUUUGUUUGAGUACAUGUAGGCUGGGAGUUGAAGGUGAAUCACAUUAUAUUGGACCCUGGACCCAUGAGAACUUUCACUCAACUACAGCACUGGCAUGACUGGUGGAAAAGUAUUGGAAUGCACAACCUUGCAUUUUUGUAAGUAAAAUUACCCAUCCUGCCUUCCAACCGUGUGUGCCCUACUUUUACCUAAUCUUCCUGUAAUCUUAUAGAUAACGUGUAUAUUUUAAAGGUUGAACAGAUUUUAAGCUAUAAGUUGUACAAAACUUAUUAGUUGUGUGAUUAUAAAUGAGUAGUAGUUGGUAAAACAGCCUUGGUGUGAACAGUGUAUUCAGGUCAGACUCAGUCACGAAAGAAUGAUUUUGGGAAUUGUGUUUUCAGAAAAGAGAAAUAACGCGGAUGUUUUGCUGUGGAACUGCCAAGUGUCAUGUUUUUUACUUGUUAGUUCAGUUGUCUUUUCUCGGGGCACUGGGUUGUAUGAGAUCCUGUGACAGCUUCCGAGUACCUUACUGUCUAGAACAUCGCCUGCUGUACAUGUAUGUGGCUGCAUAUCUCAUUGGAAAUCUGCUUUGGCAAGUUUUUUGUGUUUGUCUUGGAAAAGUUCAAAAGCUUUAAAAAAGUUAACCUUGUCCCUGGCAGGUUCAAUUCACCUCGUUUUUUAUUCAUAUUCUUUGUACAUGCUGAUAACUUGGCAUAUAAUGUGCCAUUUGGUUCCAUUCUAUCUUCAACCAGGUUGGGUUAGGUGUUGGGCUUACCAGAUCAUGCAGAAAAAAGAGAACAAACCUGUAUAGGUUGAUAACAUGACAUCCCCCAGUUGUCAAAUUUGACAGCGAUACACAUGUGCAUAGGAUGAUUUCUAGAUUUUAAAAGAAUUUAUAUUUGUUGAUUGAAGAAGGGGUACACUUCAUCCAUUGCGUUUUGUUCAUGUACAUCUGUAUAAUGUGAAUUUGUGGGCUACUUUGGCUGACAUAAACUUUAACCGUGAAAGUAUUUCUAUGAAAAACAUGUUUUACACUUGGAGAAUUUCACAGGAAAGCUUUUUAUCCAAAUAUAUUUCAUGGCUUGACGCUCUCAUGAGUUUUCUGUUCUGCAGAAGAAGAGGUUUGGGAUGCAGUGCCUUUCCAAAAACAACCCUGUGUCAGUGUGCAGAUUUUGUCUUCUCCCUUUUAAAAAAUUUUCCUGAGCCUGUAUACGUGCAUGCUUUAGUUUCUGAGCAAGAUUCUUGGAGUGAUUAAGUAUUGAUAGGUCGCUGAUUACGCACAGUCGGAAUACAAAUGUUAUAUUUCGUACUUCCUAAUCCAAUUACAUGGAGGUGGUUAUAAGCACCUGUUUAGUGUUUUACAAACUGGGAAAUGCCCAGGGUUCUGUGAAAACAAAUUUGUGCAAUUUGUUCUUUCUCGUCAUUAGUAGAGUCGCUCUUACAGGAGGGUCUCUGUGUUGUGAACAGGUUUGACUUAAUUUGAUUGAAAAUGCCUUUCUGGUUGACUGGGGAUAUGAAAUAUUCAUUGAUUUUGAUGGCAACAAAAUUGAAUGUGUAUCAAAAUGUGUGUACUUGUUUAAAAUUUACACACGCAGGAUUUUUUUUAAGUUAUAAAUUAAGAUAUUCGGAUUUUAAAUGUUUCCUGUCAAUUAAAAGGAAUGGAUAUUAUUUGAACAGAAUUUUGAAAUGAAAUGUCCCAUUUGAUUGCUAUUACAUGUAACUGUUUACUGAAAAUAAAGUUCAACCACUGACUGUG